AUGAAGCUUGACAGCGCUGGAGAGGAGACACCGGACGGCCCGACGCCGCCCUCGGAGGGGUCUCCCUCCACCCUCGGACAAGCCUUCUCCAAAAUUCUCUACGGUCUCAGCUGCCAAGAGUCAGGGCAGAGCAACGCCAGAAAUGCCAUUCUCAAAGACCUGGGCGCUUUAGUAGAAGCCGCCGAAUGCGACACGUUGUUUGAGGGGAGCGGGAGUGACGAGCCGCUCCGGGGGAUGCCGGGGAUGCCGGAGAUCCUGGGGCAGGUGGCGAAAGCCCUGGAGAAGUUGGCGGCCCCACCCAAGGAGAAGACGGCUGGAGGAGGCGACGGGCAUUCCGAAGUGCCUGAGAAGGCAGCGGAAGUUGGGUUACUAUUUCUUAAGCUGCUGGGGAAGGUUGAAACUGCUAAGAGUUCUUCUCCCCUCUGCCCUGCGUGGAAGAUAGGCCUCUGCCACUUGGCAGGACCCAUGUAUAUUUUUGCCAUCACACACAGACUGAAGCAGCCAUGGACCAGCCCAAGAUCUCAGCGUGUUGCUGGUGAGGUGCUAUCCUUACUGCUUCGAGUUACUGAGUGCAGUUCUCUGCCAGGAUUCCUGUGCGGAGGAAAUGAAGAUGAUCGAGGGAGAUUUGCUCUGGUCUUGGGGCUUCUUAAACCCCAUUUAAAUAAAGAAUCCUGGAAGAAUAAUCCUGCUGUCAAACAUGUUUUCUCGUGGACUCUCCAGCAAGUCACCCAGCCCUGGCUGAGCGAGCAUCUAGAAAAGAUACUCCCCCCGUCUUUGCUCAUCUCAGAUGAUUAUCAAACUGAGAAUAAAAUCCUCGGUGUGCAGUGCCUUCAUCACAUUGUGCUUAAUGUGCCAGCUGCUGAUUUGCUGCAGUACAACAGAGCCCAGGUCCUAUACCACGCCCUUUUCAAUCACCUGUACAUGCCAGAGCACCAACUCAUCCAGGCUGUCCUCCUGUGCCUCCUAGAUUUAUUCCCUGUCCUAGAGAAAGCUCUGCACUGGAAGGGAGAUGCAGCCGGAGCCACUACACACUGUCAUGAGGUACUCCAAUUGAUCCUCACCCACAUGGAGCCAGAGCACCGCCUUCUCUUACGUAGGACUUACGCCAGAAAUCUGCCAGCUUUCGUGAAGAAGUUGGGGAUCCUAACUGUCCGGCACUUAAAGAGGAUGGAGCAAGUUAUCCUUGGCUAUCUGGAGGUUUAUGAUGGACCAGAAGAGGAAACUAGAUUGAAGAUACUGGAAACCCUGAAGCUUGUCAUGCAGUAUACUUGGCCCAGAAUUUCCUGCAGAGUUGUGGUCUUACUGAAGGCUCUCCUGAAACUCAUAUGUGAUGUAGCAAGGGACACGAGCCUAACACCUGAGGCCACUAAGAGUGCCCUGCUCAAGGAAGCCACAGACUGCCUGAUUCUCCUGGACCACUGCUCUCAGGGGCAGGUAAAGGUAAGGCUAUCUGCUCUUGGUCUCAGGUGGCCUUGUUCCGAGGCAACACCAGUGAUUGACUGUAAUUCACUACUUGUAGGCCCAGCCAGGUUUGGAUAUGAAUGUGGAAGGUGUUAGGUCCCAACUUCAGUACUCUCUAGUCUUGCAUUGCUUGUUCAAAACCUUAUCCUACUUUGGUGCUAGGGCCGAGCUGUUAAUUCUAUUCAAAACCAUUUAGAGCAAAAGGAGAAUCAGAUGUGAGUGG